AUGCAGAUUGGCCAAGAUCCGAAACCUGUCAUGCGAGACACCUAUAACAUGUUUAAAGGUGGGGGUGAUCCAGAAAAGAAUCUAGAAAGGCAUGUGCGUCUCCCAAUAUAUUCUCAUGUUGGUUGUGGAGAUGGCGGUGGAAGUGGAGGUUUUGGAGGAGGUGGUGGUGGUGGAGUGGUGGUGGUGGCAGUGGCGGUGGAGUUAGUGAAUGUGGUGGUGCAAGUGGUGGAGUUGGAUGUGGAAGUAGAGUUGGUGUCAUUUUUUAAAAUGAAUGAUGGUAUUUUGGGAAUUUAA